AUGGCCACGCCGCCGUGGCGAGCCGCGCCAGGCGGCGCCGCCGAGCCCCAGUGGGCCUGCGUGGCCACGCGGGCAUGUGGUUUCAGGACCAACUUCGGCAGCCGUCAGACGUGCUGGAAAUGUGGACGAGACCGUGCUGGCCGCACACCACCCGCCGAGGCGCCGCCAGGCAGUGAUGGAGGCCACCCGCCGCGGUCGACUUCUGCUCGGAGGCGCCGCCGCUCGGGCGCUCCUGGCGAUCGCGCUGCUGGUGGUCCUCGGCCCGCUGGCACGGCCACCACAGCGGUGGAUCGGGCAAGACAAGGGCUCAAGGCGCUGCAAGGGCUGCAGUACGCCGAUGACCACCCCCUCAUCGUUGCCGCCAAGGCCGAGCUCGCCGACCUGGAGCUCGCUGAGAGGCAGGCGCAGCCGCCCGACGUCGUCCUCCGCGAGCUGCAGGCCAAGCUCACGGAUGCUCGAGAGCGAAGGGCCAAGUCGGGUACCGACCUUGCCGAAGCUGAGGAGCGCGUCGCCACUUUGCACAAGCUGCAGACCACGAUCGACGGCGAGAUCGAAGUGCUGGAGCAGGAGGCCGCCCAGGCCACUCGCGCCAUGGCAGCGGCCGCGGCGGGCCAGGUGCAGAACGGCCAGGGGAUCGCGCUCCUCGAGUCGAUCAACGCGCAGGUCCAGGCCAUGGGCAUGGCCUUCCCUGCCGCGCAGGCCCUGCAGGCCGCAGCCACAGGGGUGGCACCCGACGCUGCUGGCCAGCACGCGGAGGAGCGGCAGCUGCAGCUUGGGAGAACGCAGGCCAGAUGUGAGCAGCGGGGCAGACGCCGCGCAGCCAGGAAGAACGUGGUGCUGGUCACCUACAACGGUUCGUCGUGGGGGACGCGCCGUGGGUUUUUGGAGAAAUGCGGCCCCUCGGUGAAGGCUGUCGCGGCGCAGGAGCUCCGUGUUGAUGGAGAUGAGCUUCGGCGUGCGCAGGGAUGGGCAGCUCGCGAGGGGUGGCGCGCUAUCAUCACACCUUGUCGGCGACUUGAGUCUGGGCGGCCGCCCGCCGGGGUCGGACUCUUCAUCAGACGCCACAUCAGCGUGACGGCCAUGCCUGGCACGUCGGUUGUCCCAGACUCUUUCGGCUUGCUACCGAGUUCUGCUGUCGCCUGCCACGCCGACUUCGGCAUCAGAGGAGGGUUGGUAUUGGUUGCUGCCUACUUCGAAGUGGGAAACUGGGCUGCCGGGGUCAAUACGGCGCGCCUCUUCGACAUUGCCACGGCGCUGCGCGGGUGGAACAGGCCUUUCACCUUGGCAGCUGAUUUCAAAUGCGAACCGCCCGCUCUGGGUGUUGAUGGUUUCUUGGGCUACAUCCCAGCCGCCACGGUUGCUCGUGCGUCUGGAGGCACAUGCAGGAGCGCGAAAGGGAACUACUCCAACAUCGACGACUGGCUCUCCAGUCUGUCGCUGGCUGGGUCGCUCUCGCAGCCGAGGCCAGUCCAAGGAUGGCCUGCGGCGCCCCACUACCCCAUGCAGGUGCCCCUCGAUGUGCGUGCCAAGGCCGUCAAGUUCCUGGUGCUGUCGGGCCCCGAGGCUCUCCCGAAGGCAGCGCCCGACGAAGACGGCAUCCCUGUGGCGUCAGUCGACCACCAGGACACCAGCGAGGCAGACGUGGCACGGGGAGGGGCGGUCACUGCUGCGCAGGCGCAGGUUCGCUUGGACUCCCUCUACGCCACCUUCAUGGACGCCGCGGAGGACGAGCUGCUCGCGAG